CUCACUUUAUUUUCAGUACAUUUUUUGCAUCGAUUUUACGACACCGUUUUGACUUUACGACAUCUCACUACUUUCGCGCCUGCGUACUUUGCUGACCUUCUGAGGCAGGGAGCUAAGCAUGGCGGUCCGAGCUUUCUCAAAGGGUCUUUUGGGGUUACGACACUCCCGGGGUGCCCUAACUAAGUAUUCAAGCGCCGGGCAGACGGUUUCCGCUGCAGCCUCGGUUUCACCCCCCCAGCCUCAACCUGACGGUGCUGUCGAGAAAAUCCUCAACAUCCCCCUGGAGAAGACGGACUUCUUUCGUGUGGCGGAGCUUUUCUCGAUGAAGGAUCUAUUUGAUGCCAGGGUGCAUCUCGGCCACAAAAAGGGCUGCAGACACAGACUCAUGGAGCCUUAUCUCUACGGCUGCCGUAUGGACCAGGACAUCUUUGAUCUGGACCAAACCGUUGAGCACCUUCAGCUGGCCCUCAACUUCACAGCCCACAUAGCGUACCGAGGCGGCAUCAUCCUCUUCGUCAGUCGCCGCCGGCAGUUUGGCCACCUGGUGGAGAGCACAGCUAAAGACUGUGGAGAGUACGCGCACACGCGGUACUGGCAGGGCGGCCUCCUCACCAACGCCAACAUCCAGUACGGCCCCGGGGUGCGCCUGCCCGACCUCAUCAUCUUCCUGUCGACCCUCAACAAUGUCUUUCAGCAGCACGUCGGUAUCCGAGAUGCAGCCAAGAUGAACAUCCCCACAGUGGGGGUGGUGGACUCGAACUGCAACCCCAGUCUGGUGACGUACCCCGUGCCUGGGAAUGACGACACUCCGGUCGCCAUGGAGCUGUACUGCCGCUUAUUUAAGAUGACCAUCAACCGUGCCAAAGACAAAAGGAGGCAGAUGGAGCUCCUCUACGGCCUGAAUGCACCUUCUCCUUCAAGCUCAUGAUGGACUUUGAUUUCCCAGAAUGCAACAAAAUAAGACUUUUUCUUUUCUUACUGUACAAUACAUGUGUAUAAAAGAUGUUCAUAAACCUCUUGAGUGUAAAAACAAUUCUUGUUACGAAUAACAUCAGCUCAACUGCAGAAAAUUGAAAGAUUUGUGGAAUUGGAUUUCAGCAAAAGCAGAACUUCUGCGCCUUAUAGCAGUGUAAUAAAAAGACUAUUUCUAAA